ACAAACCGCGGCUGCCUCUGACCAGACUCACUCCCUUUCAGUUCAUAACGCAUAGCUUCGCUUCGCCCUUCCUUCUCUCUCCCCCCCCCCGGAACACUGACGGACUGACUGAAGAGCAAGCCAUGGCAUCCACGUAGAACCCGCGUACGCUGAUUCUCCCCAAUUCUCCCAUUGUUGUGGAGGCAGACACACAGGCAACCUGGAGGAGGGAAUGGGUGCAAGCGAGCGAGCAGAGGCGCACAGACCGAGGCAGCAGCUCCAGGCUCUGUGACAGAGGCAGCUCCACUGUGAUGCAGCUGUGGGAGGAAAUCACGCACAGGACAUCGACGGCUUUUGUUCAAGAGGGGGAAAUCAGCGGGCGUUUGUCUCCCUGCACGUGUUGGCUUUGCAUAUGAAGAGAGGGGGAAUCAAGGCACCUGCGUCUAGAGAGGAAACACCAGCGUUGUGGUUUCGUCAAUCGUUCUCGUCUUGCUCAUCAGUCGCUGUGUGAGUGUGUGUGUGAUUUUUUUUUUUUUUAACAGACCUGCACUGUGUGUGUGUGUGUCACAUUUAUUUUGUGAAUAGCGCUGGACAUAAGAAAACAACUGGAUCAUUAUUAGAAUAAUACAGAAGUGUGCGAGGAGGAGAGGACAGCGUUGGAACCCGUCCAUGCGCGCUCCAUACCGGGUUAUUUAUGAUGGAGCUGUGACCCCAGCUGAGCUGCAACAUUAUUCUCUCCCUACCUGCACUUUUACCUCGUGCUGUCGCCCAAGUAUCCUGAGGAUAUCCCGGGUAAAUUGCUGUAAAUGUCAGGCUGUCAGUGACGUAAUAUCCCAGACUGCAUGACAAAUACAUGCGUCGAAAGGCGUGAACUCCUUCACAAUAUUAAAGCGUCCAAAUAAUCUGUAAAAGCUUUUUUUUUUUUUUUUUUUUUUUCAAUUUCCCCGACCACCGAUUCUACUAAGGCAAUCGCGAUGGAUCUCAAAGCGGACUCUGAAGAUCUGGACUUCAAGCAGCCUGCUCCUAUUGAAGUUUUCGCGAGCAGGUCCACGCUGCACGGCAUCUCGCACAUGUUCACUUAUGAGCGGAUGUGUAUCAAGCGCAGCCUGUGGAUUUUGUUCUUCCUGGGCUCCCUGGGUGUUCUGAUCAUGGUGUGCGUGGACCGGGUCCAGUUUUACUUCCAGUACCCGCAUGUCACCAAGCUGGACGAGGUGGCUGCUCCCAAGCUCAAGUUCCCCUCCAUCACCCUCUGCAACCUCAACUCCUUCCGCUUCAGCCGCGUGACACGCAACGACCUGUACCACGCUGGGGAGCUGCUUGCCUUGCUCAACGGCAGGUAUGAGAUCCGGGAUCCACACAUGGUGGAGGAAAAUGUCCUGCAAAUCCUGAAGGAGAGGGCCAAUUUUGACAACUAUAAGCCCCGGCCCUUCAACAUGCGCGAAUUCUACGACCGAACGGGCCAUGACAUCAAGGACAUGCUGCUUUCCUGCUACUACCGAGGCAUGGAGUGCAGCGCUGAAGACUUCAAAGUGAUUUUCACACGCUAUGGAAAAUGCUACACCUUUAAUUCAGGCCAAGACGGACGACCCUUGUUAGUGACAAUGAAGGGCGGAAUGGGCAAUGGCCUGGAGCUGAUGCUGGAUAUUCAGCAGGAUGAAUACUUGCCUGUGUGGGGAGAGACUGACGAGACGUCGUUUGAAGCAGGGAUCAAAGUUCAGAUCCACACCCAAGAUGAGCCCCCAUUCAUAGACCAGCUGGGCUUCGGCGUGGCACCCGGGUUUCAGACCUUUGUGUCCUGUCAGGAGCAGCGGCUAACAUACCUCCCUCCGCCGUGGGGGGACUGCAGAUCCCUGCCCAUGGACUCUGACUUCUUCAGCAGUUACAGCAUCACCGCCUGCCGAAUCGACUGUGAGACGCGAUACCUGGUGGAGAACUGCAACUGCAGGAUGGUCCACAUGCCCGGAGAUGCCCCAUACUGCACCCCGGAGCAAUACAAAGAGUGUGCAGAUCCUGCCUUGGACUUUCUUGUGGAGAGGGAUAAUGACUACUGUGUAUGCGAGACACCGUGCAACUUGACGCGCUAUGGUAAAGAGCUGUCCUUUGUCAAAAUACCCAGCAAAGCGUCCGCCAAGUAUCUGGCCAAGAAAUUCAACAAGACAGAGCAGUACAUAUCAGAUAACAUUAUGGUUCUGGAUAUCUUCUUUGAAGCGCUGAACUACGAAACCAUCGAACAAAAGAAAGCCUAUGAAUUGGCAGGACUUCUGGGUGACAUUGGAGGUCAGAUGGGCCUUUUCAUCGGCGCCAGCAUCCUCACCAUUCUUGAACUCUUUGACUAUCUGUAUGAGGUGAUCAAGUACAAAAUGUGCCGAUGCGUGAAGAAGAAACACAAAGGCCAUAACAACAAUGACCGGGGAGCUGUGCUGAGUCUGGAUGAUGUGAAACGCCAUGCUCCUUGUGAGAACCAGCGUACACCAUCAACAUAUCCUGGCAACAUGCUACCUCAUCACCCCGGCCAGGGUAACUUUGAAGACUUCACUUGCUGAGCAGAACCAGAUGAAGUAUCAAAGUGUGCGUUAUGCAACCAAAGCCAACCAUACAACAAGAACUAUCCAAGACACGGUGGAGCGCAAGGAACUGAUAUAAAGUCUAACAGAGGUACUUUUUUUCAUAGCAAUGGAGGACAAAUCAAUACGGUAAAGAACUGUCACCUGAGGCCAAGUGGAGAGGACAUCGCAAGUAUAACUAUAUCUGUCAACUCUUCUCUCUAUAUUUUCCUCUGGAAUACUGCCACAAAGGAUGCUCGUGGAGGAACCUUGCCAACAUGGACCUCGCUUUCAAAAGACAAAGAAAAUGUAAAAAAAAUAAAUAAAUAAACGAGGGAAAAUGUACAGCUAUCUCACCAUUAACGAGUUAUCAAAAAGAAAAGAGCCCCCAUGCCUUUAUAUACACAGCCGCACACAAUUGUUUCACUCUCACCGGCCUGCUAGAGGGACAAAUAUACAUUCCGCUGUACAUGUGCUCCAUAAAACGACAGCUGGGCUAUGUGUAGUUUGUUUGAGAAUGCAUCUAUGUUCACAGUUCGUGUUGUCAGGUGUGUGUGGGGAGACUUUUCGGUGGCAGUGAUAGUGAGUAUAGAGUAUUGCAUCAUCUACUAUUUACAGUGAAAUGAACCGGUGAAGAAAACGGGUCUCAUCAUGUAAAUGCAUGCUUGUAUUUGUCUAGUGCAUGUUUUUAAUUGUCAUUUCUAAUUUUUUACUUUAUACAUGCAUACAUGCAUACAUACGUGUAAUUACCAAGUUUGCCUCGAGCGAUACAGAGAUGAGCCCAUAUUUGUGUGUGUGUGAGUACUUGAAUUUAUAUCUUUGGGAGGUCCAAAAACUCUUUGUUGGGACAUUUUGUCUGAUCGCCACAACUUUAAAGGGCUUUUUCAGGGUUAAGACCUGGUUUUAGGGUUAGGAUUUAGAACUGGGUUUAGGUAGGGUAAGGGUUAAGGUGAGGCACUUAGUGGUGAUGGUUACGGUAUGCAUUAUGUCAAAGAGGUGUCCUCACUAAGAUAUAAAAACAAGUUUCUGUGUGUGUGUGUGCAUAUUAGUUACCUCUUUAGGACCAUUUCUGGCAUACACACAGACCUUGUCAGGACAAACCUGGUCCUAUUGAGGCCGAACCUCAUUUCUGAGGAACUGGUUAAGGCUAAGAUUUGAAUUUAUGUUAAGGUUUGGUCAGGCUGUCCAAAUGAAUUUCAUGAGUUCAAUUAGAGUCCAUAAAAGUAUAGCUGCACGAAUCUGUGUGUGUGUGUGUGUGUGUUUGUGUGCGUGGCCUCACAUGUUUUCACGGGUGCCGACAUCUGUGAGUGUCUGUUGAUUUGGCCACCAAUGGGCUGCACCCACACCCAUUCCAUUUAUUUUAUUUCCACACGUGCAACAAACGUUACAAAGUCUUCAUUCAACUUCAUUUUAUCUUAAUUGGAUGAGGGGAGGGGUUUUUGUCCUCAAAGGGGUGACUGCUGAAUCCUUGGAGUUCUGUAGAACUGCUCAUUUUGUUUCUGUAUCUGUGUUCUAGUUGCAAAAGUCUAAUCAAAGCACAAUACCACCAGUAUGUAGAGGUGAUAUAAAAGAAAAUGUACUAUUGUUCUUGACAUAUUGUCCUAUUAUGAAUAUCGUAUUGAUCCAGCAUAUUGGUUUUUUUUUUUUCUUUCAUAUGAAACAUAUUCACUAUUGCCUGAUAACCCCCGUCUCCAUCUUUACAAAAUGCUUAAGUAUCUUAUCAGAGCAUAAAUCAAAUGUAAAUAUCAUUUUGGAAAAACUAUUAUUCAUAUCAGUAAACUUCUUCUUUUGACUCUUA